GAUGGAACAUAGUGGGAUUCUGGCUGGUCUGAUGCUGGCUGCUUUUUUCCCUCAAGGGAGCUCCUUCAAGAUAUCAGUGACUGAAUAUGAGGACCAAGUCUUUGUGAGUUGCAAUACCAGCAUCACGCAUCUAGAGGGAUCGGCGGAAGCAUGGCUUUCAAAAAAUAAAACACUGAACUUGGGAAAAGGCAUCCUGGACCCACGAGGGAUAUAUAAGUGUAAUGGGACAGAGUUGCUGUCGAAGGAAGUGUCUACCAUACAAGUAUAUUACCGAAUGUGCCAGAACUGUGUGGAGCUGGACUCAGCCACUGUGGCUGGCAUCAUCAUCACUGACCUCAUUGCCACUCUGCUCCUGGCUUUGGGAGUCUACUGCUUUGCAGGACAUGAGACUGGAAGGCUCUCUGGGGUUUCUGACAUUCAAGCCCUGUUGAAGAAUGAACAGCUGUAUCAGCCUCUCCGAGAUCGUGACGAUGCCCAGUACAGUCGUCUUGGAGGGAACUGGCCCCGGAACAAAUGA